UCACAAAGAAGGCUUAAGUCUUAAUUAUAAGAAAUCCUAUUCUAUCCAGGGAGUCAUUCAAACUCAAACUUAACGGCUCAAACUUCCAUUUUCAAAAAACGGAAAACGUUCAGCCGCGCGCUUUUGACCUCAAGGAUGGGGGGAAGGUCAGGAGGCAAUGGCAGUUGGAACACUUGUGACACCUGGAUGGGGCCGUGCGCAAACCUUCUGUGACGUCAUGGAGGCCCCUAGAGAAAAACGGCCACUGCUUUCUAGGCCACCCUAAGGGAAGUAGCGUCGGGGCCUCCCGGGCAGAGGUGAGCGGGCUCACUGGAAGAUCUCACCGGAGCCAUGAGCAGUAAUAAUAAUGAGUGCUUCAGGUGUGGACGCUUUGGCCACUGGGCCCGGGUGUGCCCUCAAGGAGCUGCUCGAGGACGCAGAGCUAGAGCCCGUGGCAGAGAUUCUCAGAGCAGUUCCAACACCCUACCUGACAUCUGUUACCGCUGCGGUGAGUCCGGUCAUCAUGCUAAGAACUGCGACCUUCACGAGAACAUCUGUUACAACUGCGGAGGGAGCGGCCACAUCGCCAAAGACUGUGUUGAGCCCAAGCGCGAGAGAGAUCAGUGCUGUUACACCUGCGGCAGGACAGGCCAUCUGGCUCGUGACUGUGACCUUCAGGACGAGCAGAAGUGCUACACUUGUGGCAAAUUUGGCCACAUUCAGAAAGACUGCACCCAAGUCAAGUGCUACCGGUGUGGCGAGAUGGGCCACGUGGCCGCCAACUGCCCCAAGACGAGCGAGGUGAACUGCUACCGCUGUGGCGCAUCUGGACAUCUAGCCCGGGAGUGCUCCAUCGAAGCUACCGCUUAA